GCUGAGGUUAGCUAGAUUUUCUAAAACGGUGCGUUUAGCUCCGCUGAGUGUUUCCUAAUUCUUAUAGUUGCUGCAUCAGUAUCAAACUUCAAAGAGAAUCAGAGUGAGUUGAAUGAAUUGAAUGGGACACAGCUCGAAGAAGAAGAAGCGCGGCGGCGGUGGCGGCAGGAGCAAGGGAAGAGCCCCUUCCAAAGAUCACACUUCUCAAUCCGCCAAUGAUGAUAUUGAACUCUCCGAAGAAAUCACUGCUCUAUGUGCGAUUUUCCAAGAAGAUUGCAAGGUUCUUCCUGGCUCACCUCCUCAAAUACUUAUUAAGAUCAGGCCUUACUCUAAGGACAUGGGUUAUGAGGACUUGGAUGUUUCUGCUCUUCUUCACGUCAGAUGCUUACCUGGGUAUCCCUUCAAGUGUCCCAAGCUGCAGAUUACUCCUGAGAAUGGCUUAUUAGAGAGUGACACUGAUAAACUAUUGUCACUCCUCCAUGAUCAGGCUACUUUAAAUGCUAGGGAGGGCCGAGUAAUGAUCUUUAAUUUGGUUGAGGCUGCUCAAGAAUUUCUGUCUGGAAUUGAGCCAAUUGCUAAACCAACUGAAUCUAAGCCUUUGCACUCAACUAAGGAAAGCAAUGAAGAAUUGUUUCUCAAGGAUAUAGCACCGUCAAACAAAAAUAUAUCUUUUGUUUAUGGUUUCAUAGACCUUUUCAGUGGUUAUGGAGAGUCUUGGAAUUGGGAAAUUGGAAUGGAUGAAACUGCCGGAAAAAGUUCUUCUUUUCCUCCCUCUAAGUUAGACACCUCAAAAUAUGAUUCUGAGGCCCGCGAAAAGAAAUCUGACAGUAAGGAAAAACCAUUAAUAAAGCAAGAGCUCCCUGCUAAAUUAGAUACAGUUGGAGAAGUUAGUGAAGACGGCAAUAAGAAUACAUCCUCGACUAGUUCAAGUGGAAAUCUGGUGGACGAUCUUGUGGGGAAUGACAUUGAAGGUGAGAAAGAGGAUUUUGUCUUUGCUGAGUAUGCACCAGAAGAUGACGAACAAACGUAUGAAAGUGUGUCUUCAGAAUCUUUUUCUUCUGCCACUUCUCAACAUCAAACAUCCCAAACAGUUGAAAAGGAUCUUAUAAUGGUUCACCUGCUUCGUCUAUGUGCUUCUAAAGGAACACUGGUUGACUCUUUGCCACAAGUAGCAGAAGAGCUAUACAAUUUUGGGAUAUUUUCUGAUUGGGCUCGUGAUAUGGCAUCUAAACCUCCCUCCCUUUUUAACAAAACAUUUGAUAAUGUUUUUCAGAAACAUGUGGCUUCAACCAGAAUAUCUCAGUUUUGGAAACCUUCUGAUCUUGGUGGUUCAAAUACGAUUCCCCAUAGUUCUCGAUAUCUGAAUGAUUUUGAGGAGCUACGGCCUCUUGGACAUGGUGGUUUUGGCCAUGUUGUGCUGUGCAAAAAUAAGCUUGAUGGAAGGCAGUAUGCUGUAAAGAAGAUUCGCCUUAAGGACAAAACCAUGCCCGAAAGAAUAUUAAGAGAAGUAGCCACACUUUCUCGUUUGCAGCAUCAACAUGUUGUUAGGUAUUAUCAGGCAUGGUUUGAAACCGGAAUCACAAACUCUGAAAAUGAUGCGGCUUGGAGUUCAAGGACUACACUGAGCUCUUCUUUCAGCUAUACCUAUAAAGCUGCAAGCUCCAAUAAUGCCCUUGGGCAUGAAAAUCAGCUUGAAUCAACGUACCUUUAUAUACAAAUGGAGUACUGUCCCAGGACUCUUCACCAGGUGUUUGAAUCAUAUAAUCAUUUCGACAAAGAGCUGGCAUGGCAUUUGUUUCGUCAAAUAGUGGAAGGUUUGGCACAUAUACAUGGACAAGGAAUAAUUCAUCGGGAUUUGACACCAAAUAACAUAUUCUUUGAUGCUCGCAAUGAUAUUAAAAUUGGUGAUUUUGGUCUUGCCAAGUUCUUGAAGUUGGACAAGCUUGAUCAUGAUCUUAGCCUUCCAGUUGAUCCACCUGGAGUUUCUACAGAUGGCACUGGACAAGUGGGGACUUAUUUCUAUACGGCUCCUGAAAUUGAACAAGGAUGGCCUAAGAUUGAUGAGAAGGCGGAUAUGUACAGCCUAGGUGUUGUUUUCUUUGAGCUUUGGCACCCAUUUGGGACAGCCAUGGAGAGACAUAUUGUGUUGUCUGAUCUGAAACAGAAGGGAGAACUUCCUCCGGCAUGGGUUGCUCAGUUUCCAGAACAGGAAUCCAUAGUACGAAAGUUGAUGUCUCCAGGUCCUUCUGAUCGGCCUUCUGCCACAGAGCUUCUACAUAAUGCCUUUCCCCCCAGAAUGGAAUCUGAAUUGUUGGAUGAUAUCCUCCGAACAAUGAAGAAAUCAGAGGAUACAAGCAUAUAUGACAAAGUUGUAAAUGCCAUCUUUGACCAAGAGAUGUUAACUUCAAAACAUAUUCAUCAAGCUGGAAGCUUGGGGACAGUUGGAGAUAGUUCUUCAUCUAUUCAGUACACAGAUCUUGAAACUGAGGUUCGAGAUUAUGUUGUAGAUGUGAGCAGGGAAAUUUUCAGACAGCAUUGUGCAAAGCAUCUAGAAGUAUUAACAAUGCGAUUGUUGGAUGAUUGUCCACAGUUUAACAGAAAUGCAGUUAAACUUCUGACCCAUGGAGGAGACAUGCUCGAACUUUGCCAUGAGCUGCGCUUGCCUUUUGUGAAUUGGAUCAUAUCAAAUCAGAAAUCUUCAUUCAAAAGAUAUGAGAUAUCAAGUGUAUACAGAAGAGCAGUUGGACAUUCGUCACCAAAUCGCUACCUUCAGGGAGAUUUUGACAUUAUUGGUGGUACCUCAGCAUUGACAGAGGCAGAGGUCAUAAAGGUGACAAGGGACAUAGUCACUUGCUUUUUCCAUGCAGAUUCAUGUGACAUUCAUCUAAACCAUGGUGAGUUACUGGAUGCAAUUUGGUCGUGGGUUGGAGUCAAAGUAGAACACAGGCUUAAAGUUGCAGAGAUUCUUUCCAUGAUGGGUUCUUUGCGUCCACAAUCUUCAAAAAGGAAAUCAAAAUGGGGAGUGAUAAGGCGGCAGCUUUUGCAGGAACUAAAAUUAGCAGAAGCUACUGUAAACAGACUGCAGACAGUUGGUUUAAGGUUCUGUGAUUCUGCAAAUCAGGCACUUCCUAGAUUAAGAGGAGCUCUUCGAUCUGAUAAACGCACAUGCAAGGCACUUGAUGAAUUGUCUGAACUCUUCAGUCUCUUGAGAAUUUGGAAGAUUGACCAAAACGUCUAUAUUGAUGCAUUGAUGCCACCAACUGAAAGUUAUCAUAGAGAUUUAUUUUUUCAGGUGUACUUAAGGAAGGAGAACAAUCCUGGAUCACUCUCUGAUGGUGCCUUGCUAGCUGUUGGUGGUCGUUAUGACUAUUUGCUUCAUCAGUUAUGCAGUCACAACUAUAAAGGAAAUCCCCCCAGUGGUGUAGGGAGUAGCCUUGCAUUAGAGACAAUAAUUCAGAAUUGUCCUGUGGAUUUUAAGCCCCUUAGAAAUGAAGCCAGCACCAGUGUUCUUGUCUGUUCAAGAGGAGGAGGUGGUCUUUUGAUGGAGCGGAUGGAACUAGUUGCUGAAUUAUGGGAAGAGAAUUUUAAGGCUGGAUUUGUUCCCAUCCCCGAUCCAAGUCUUACAGAGCAGUAUGAGUAUGCUAAUGAGCAUGAUAUCAAAUGUCUCGUCAUCAUAACGGAUGCAGGUGUCUCACAGACAGGUUCUGUUAAGGUUCGACACCUUGAAUAUAAGAGGGAGAAAAAUGUUGAGAGAGAAAAUCUAGUCAAGUUUCUGUCAGAUGCUAUGGCAACACAAUUCAGAAACCCUUCGAUUUGGUUUUAAUAUGACGUUUUUAGAAGCUCAACAACAUCUCCUUCAUACAUAAAUAGAUGAUAGAUUCGAUGGCCUUUCCAAGUUCCAACAUAACACAGUAGACUCUGACAAGAUUAUCAGCGGAUGCCUUCUUUUUUUUCACACAAAUGUUGAGGAAUUCGUACAUAUACCGGUUUUGCAGGUUUAUCUGAUUGUCAUCUUUCUUCUUUUACUCUUUUUUUCUUCUAUUUUUUAAAAAAUUUUUUUUGGCCUAAGAGAAAGUUUUGUUUUAGGCUUUUCUGUGCAUAGUUGUGAUUUUGUAAAUGUGUAAAUAGUAUAUGGAUGAUUUUAAUUCAUAGAGCUGGAUAGUGUAGCCAUUAAGGAGCUAUUUCCUGUGUGUUUAUCUUGUAACAUGACGUAAGUAUUAAACAUCUAAUCAUUGUAGCUUCUUUUCUUU